AUUGAUGAACCUCUUCUAUCCCUGAAUAAUUUGAGCAGAGUGGAAAGCUGUCUGUCAGAGGCCUCUGCUCUAUGCAAGUACUCCAGAGCUGAGGGGAAACAUGCGUGUGUCCUGUGUGUUGAUGCUGCAUGCCUAGUGGGAGUGUCAUAACAAAUGGUUGAGGGAAUGGCAGAAGGAGGGGACGCCGGUGCUCCGCCCAUCCAUCUGUGGGUGCGACGGGUAGGCGUCUACUGUGAUGAACGCCGUAAAACAUGGCUCGUGGCUGUGGAAGAGGAGGCAGGUACCCUGAGGGCCCGGAUUCAACGAGUUCGGGUCCCCCUGGGUGAGGCACUGCGACCCAGCCAACUUCCCCCAUCGCAACUGCCUCACAUGUGGCAGCUUUCCGAGGGCGAGCAGUACAGGGAUAGUAACUCUCGCAUUUGGGAGAUACAGCACCACCUAAUGAUCGGGGGAGUUGAGGAGCUGCUGCUUAGACUCAUGCCUGGUGAUUAACCUGGAGCGGUGCCUCUAGGAAGAUGUCCCUGUUUGUUUUGUACAAUAUAUGAUUCUCCCACCUCAGAGGUGGGAGGUGGCAGCUGUUUAACAGCACACAGCAGCACCACACAAGAGUUUAGGACAGGCAGUGAAGAAGAGUGUCAU